CAGAUAUUGUCUUGAUCAUUACCAUUAGCUUUUCUUUCUAAUUUCUGGUGAUCUGGACAAAAACACACUUGUCAGAUUUAAAUCACAAAUGAACAGUUCUGUGUUUCUUUUAGCUGGAAACAUUUAUUGGCUACAGAAUACAUUCUUGGAAACGCGUGGUUAGAGAAAAUUGACAGAUCGUAGUGCCUUCAAACAUUUAAGUGAUUUUGAGAGAUCAAGAUAACAGUUUAAGAAUUUUGUGUGAAGAACAAUGAGUAUCAGUGUCGGCGGAUACCACGGAGGGUUCGGGCACCCGGCCCACAUGGGCAUCACUUCCGGCCAGGACUACUUCGCAGCCGCCUCCCACUAUCCACCAGCACCCAUGACGGGGUAUCCGGAACUUCCGGUGUCGGAUCGCGAGUACUUCAACAACUGGGUAUUGAACGGAACCACGGACGUUGCGAUGACUCCGGAGGCGUAUGGCAGCCCGUAUGCACCAGGGGGAACUCCUUCGCCGCCAAUGAUGGGAUUCAACCACUUCGGCUACACGGACGGCGUGCAACAGGGUUCCUUAGGACAGUGGUCAGAAUUAGCACACAACAUUCCAGCAUCUGAACUGCACAAUUAUGAAACUUAUACGAACGCUUACGGUGACCGGUGUUUACGCCGGCGGACGUCAGCCAACCGGAAGGAGCGUCGGCGGACGGUGAGCAUCAACAACGCGUUCUCUAACCUACGUGGUACUAUACCCAACGUCCCGUCGGAUACAAAACUAUCCAAGAUCAAGACAUUACGUCUCGCGAUCAGUUACAUCUCGUAUCUCUCGGACAUUCUCGACAAGGGCGACCCCGACCUCGCACCGGACGCCUUCAAGGCCGACAUAUCCCGAAAGCGAGAGCGGCGUUCACUUCCUGUCGACCUAGAGAAGAAAGUAGCGGACUCUUGUGACUCCGAUGCUUGCAGCGAGAGCGGAAGUACUUCUUCUGGCGACCGGAAACCGGGAGCUCGUACGGGCUGGCCGGAAACAGUGUGGGAGUCCGAGCUGAGAGGAACUCAGUCGUCAGCAAUAAAGAUCGAGCCGUUAUCAUGACGUCUUUAGACAACGUCAUCCUAGAGGGUCCAACCGUAAACGCUGCAUGGCUGUUAGUUGUUUUAGUGACAGCGGCGUUAGAUGUGUUCAUUCUUGGAAAAGUAGUUUCCAAAAAACUACCCUGUCUCAAAAUGGGUCAAGCUCAUAUGUUUUAUGCAACACACACCCUUUCACCGAUUUUGUGCAAUUGAUUAUGCAAAAACGAACACUUCAGGUUAGAUGUGGUCAUUUUUUGUACUAUGCAAAACCAGUGUCAUUGUUCAUCAAAGCAACGCUUUUAAACCCCCGAGGUGCACGUGGUGUUAUAUGUAUUUUCGUCUAUAUAACUAGGCAUUGUUGUCAAUUUGAAGAAAGUGCGUUUUUAAUUAUGCGGUGCCAUUAUUUUACAUUAUUUUAAUAUGUAUGUCUUUCACAUUCUCAAGAUUUCAUCGUGCCAAUUUUAGUUAAUUGCAUCGUUAUUUAGAUUCAAAACAAUACGAGCGAUUUACCCGAAAAUACACGUGUCAGAAGGUUGGAAAUUUUACACCAGCAUUUAGCUUUAUAGAUUUUAUAUCUUUAUAGUAAGCUGUAAAGUUCCCAAGAUAUUUCACCCAAACAAUUAGAUUUUUAUAGUCUCGCAGACUAAAAAUGACGAAUAUGUUCGUUUAUGUUUACUACGUCGUGGUAAUUAUGUAUGUAUCUGUCAAAACUGGCGUCAUAGCACGGAGGAACCAGACUGGUGGCGGUAUAUUUUAAGAACAUUUACAGUUUUAUCUCCAGAAACAUAUAGAUACCAGUCCGUCAGGCUUAUCAUGGCGUUGAACUCGGACCGCACAGAUGAAAACAGCGGUUUUUCGUGUUUUGAAAUGUUUAAUAUUUUGACGAGAGGGGAGAUCUGUUGAAAAUAGCCUAUCAACCAUCAAAACAUCUCUAUGUGAGCUUUGUUUAAUGAAUGGAGUUAACGAAAUAUCAAGUCAGGCUUCAGAACUUGAGAUAAUUCUAUAUUUAUUAUUGAUACAGUUCUGUUGUUUGACGCGAUAAUGAGUGUUUUAAGACCAUUUGUUGGGAAAUACAUUUAGGGGAUAAAUAAGAAAAGGUCAAUGAGUUCCCAUAUCUGACAGCCAUCACCAUUAUGAUGCUUUCCGACUACUGCGUUUAGAUUUAACUGAAAUACAUUAUAAAAAGCAUUUGCGCUUAAACCUCACUGAGGGUAAUAUGUGUUUCCUCUUUGCACAUAGGGCCAGAGAUCUAAAUGUUCUUGUGAAAAAGAGGGUUAACGCUUAUAUUUGUCUCAUUUAGUGUUUUGUAAAAAUAUUUGCUUUUUAUGACCAUGUGAGAAAUUGUCAUGUCAUAAAAUUACACUUGUACAUAGAGGGUAUCAGAAUAUUGAAAGAAGGUCAUUUUGGCAACAAUUGGGAUUAAAACUUACACGUGAAUAUAGAGGGUGUUGGGUAUUGGAAAGUGGGUCAUUUUGGCAACAAUUGGGAUUAAAACUUACACGUGAAUAUAGAGGGUGUUGGGUAUUGAAAAGUGGGUCAUUUUGUCAACAAUUGGGAUUAAAACUUACACUUGAAUAUAGAGGGUGUUGGGUAUUGGAAAGUGGGUCAUUUUGGCAACAAUUGGGAUUAAAACUUACACGUGUAUAUAGAUGGUGUUGGGUAUUGGAAAGUGGGUCAUUUUGGCAACAAUUGGGAUUAAAACUUACACGUGAAUAUAGAGGGUGUUGGGUAUUGAAAAGUGGGUCAUUUUGUCAACAAUUGGGAUUAAAACUUACACGCGUAUAUAGAUGGUGUUGGGUAUUGAAAAGUGGGUCAUAUUGGCAACAAUUGGGAUUAAAACUUGCACGUGUUUAUAGAGGGUGUAGGGUAUUGGAAAGUGGGGCAAUUCGGCAAAAAAUGGGAUAAAAACUUACACGUGUACAUAGAUGGUGUUGGGUAGUGGAAAGUGGGUCAUUUUUUCAACAAAUUGGGAUUGAAACUUAAACAUGUAUAUGGAGGGUGUUAGUGAAUAGAUAGUUUUGGCAUCGUUGGGGCAUUUCACUUACAUUUGUACAUAGAAUAUCUGCUCAAAGAAAUCAUGUGGAACAUUUUUAGUAUACUUUGCUUAACAUGCUGUUGUUUUAUAAUGCUAUUUUAAAUGGUUUUUUUGGUAAUGGGAAUUAUGACAAAAUGUUUAUAACGGGAAUUCAACUUACAACAUAUGUAUAUAAAAUUGAUAAAUUGUGUUUUAAAAAUGUGGUUGUCUCAUGACGUAUUAUAUACGUCUAAUAAACUGUCUGUUCUGUUCUGUUCUGUUCUAUAAGAGCUAAAUGGAAAAUGUCCACAUGUGUAUAAACCUCCAUGUUAAUUUUCUUGCAUUGAUGAUUUAUCGAUUUUGUUUGAUUUUUGAUUAAUAUUUUGUGAAUUGAUUGGCGGUCAAUGAAAAUAGACAAGUGAUCGAAUGCAUAUAUAUAUAUCUUUGAAGCAUAUGCUUUUUAGAGACAUUUUGGAUGGCAGAUAUAGAAAGUGUAAACCUUUUUGAUUAGUAUUUCUAAGUAAGUAUUUUUGUACUUCUUCAGAGAUUGUAAUUUGAUUCCUUGUGUUGGUUGCCAAACAAUUGUAAAGCUGUUACAUAAUGUAUUUGUUACAUGUUCUUAUAGUUUAUCAGUCUGAUAUUUCUAUCAAUCAAAUGUUUGAAUCAAAA